AUGAAUCAAUCAAUUCUUAAAGACUGUGUGGAUGGCGGUGGAAUUUCGUGGCAUGAAUAUCUUGUUCCAGUCAUACUCCAAUUCGGAGACUCAUGCCUUCCCACAUUUAUGCUCAAUGUCGUAUUUGCUCUGAUAGAGAUGAAGAAGAAAAAGGAAAAGGAAGCUGCUCUAGUUGCUGAGGAAGAAGAGGAAGAGGUAUCUAUCAAGCCCAUUCUUUUUUCUCACAGUCAUUUGUACGAAAUUGUUGGAUCUAUGCAAACUAUUCCCCUUCACGUUUCCAUAGCUAUGGGAUGCCAUGGUAUCGUGAGGGAUAGUGACUACCCUCCUCAAAUUCCACCCAUCCUCCUCAUGAUUCUCACAAACCUUUAUUUCUUUCUUUUGAUUUUUGGUGAACCUUUAGUCCCACCACGGAGGUCAUUAGUCCCCGCUCACAGGUCUCCACCCAAUUCGAAUCAGGACCCAUUCUCUAUGUUGGGUUACUUAGGCCUUAUGAAAGGCUCUGGAGUUGGAAGUAUCAAAAUGUAUGAAUCGUUGAAUGAAUGGUCCCUUCCUAGAACUAAAUUUGUAUUUGAUUUGUGA